ACCUCUCCCUUUGGCUUUUCCCCCUCUCUCUCUCUCUACGACGAGAUUCUAUGACGUCGUGGGUUCGAUUCCCCACGAACGCAAAUUAUAAACCCAAAAAACAUAAAAAAUAAAAAAUAAAUCCCUCUCUCUUCUUUCUUUGUUCGUCUAGAUUAAUUAAUUAGCAGUUUGUUCGUCUUCCAUUUCACGCUUCUUCUUCUUCUUCUCUCUCUCUUGCUUCUGUAGCUCGUCACUACCUCCCAUGGCGUCCGAGAAUCAUUUUUCCGCGAUAAAGGGCGCGAAAGUGCUUAUGGUUGGCGCCGGUGGUAUUGGUUGCGAGCUCCUCAAGACUCUCGCGCUCUCCGGCUUCCAGGACAUUCAUAUUAUUGACAUGGAUACUAUAGAAGUCAGUAACCUCAACAGGCAAUUUUUGUUCCGACAAUCACAUGUUGGACAAUCAAAGGCCAAAGUUGCACGGGAUGCUGUCUUAAAAUUUAGGCCUCACAUAAGCAUUACACCAUAUCAUGCAAAUGUCAAGGGCCCUGAUUUCGAUGUAGACUUCUUCAAACAAUUUAAUGUUGUUUUGAAUGGACUGGACAAUUUAGAUGCAAGGCGACACGUAAAUCGACUAUGCUUGGCCGCUGAAGUUCCUUUGGUUGAAAGUGGGACCACUGGGUUCCUUGGACAGGUCACGGUGCAUAUUAAGGGGAAAACAGAGUGCUAUGAGUGCCAACCUAAACCUGCCCCUAAAACAUAUCCUGUGUGUACCAUUACAAGUACUCCAUCAAAGUUUGUUCACUGCAUUGUAUGGGCAAAGGACCUUCUCUUCGCAAAGUUGUUCGGUGAUAAGAAUCAGGAGAAUGAUUUAAAUGUUCGUUCUGGUGAUGCUGCUAGCUCAUCAGACCAUGUAGAAGAUGUAUUUGAACGCAAAAAUGAUGAAGACAUUGAGCAGUAUGGGAGGAGAAUAUAUGACCAUGUAUUUGGUUACAACAUUGGGAUAGCUUUGUCUAAUGAGGAGACAUGGAAAAACCGGAAUAGACCGAAGCCUAUAUACUAUAGGGAUAUCUUUGAUAAUGAGCCAACUCAACAGAAUGGAAAUGUAGAUAGAAAUUGUGCAACCAACGAUCCAUCUUCGGUGUCUGCUAUGGCAUCUGUAGGCAUGAAAAAUCCACAAGAUGUAUGGAGUCUGAAGGAAAAUUCAAGAAUAUUUCUAGAGGCUUUGAAGCUUUUCUUUAUGAAAAGAGAAAAGGAAAUUGGGAAUCUGACAUUCGAUAAGGACGAUCAACUAGCUGUGGAAUUUGUUACAGCUGCUGCAAAUAUUCGAGCAUCUUCUUUUGGGAUCGCUUUGCAUAAUCUUUUUGAAGCUAAAGGUAUUGCGGGAAACAUUGUUCACGCUGUUGCAACAACUAAUGCAAUUAUUGCUGGGUUGAUUGUUAUUGAGGCAAUCAAGGUGCUAAAAAAUGAUACGAAGAGUUAUAGGUUUUCUCCAUAUUGUUUGAAAUCUUUGUGCAGGAUGACAUAUUGUCUGGAACAUCCAUCGAAAAAGAUGCUACUCAUGCCAGUGGAACCAUUUGAACCUAACAAGUCUUGUUAUGUUUGUUCUGAGACACCUCUGUCACUCGAGAUAAAUACCAAUCGUGCAAAGUUGAGGGAUAUUAUUGAAAAAGUCGUAAAGUCAAAGCUGGGGAUGAGCUCGCCAUCUAUCAUGCAUGGGACAGAGAUUCUCUAUGAAACUGGUGAUGAUCUUGACGAAGACUUGCUUGCGUCGUAUGCUGCAAAGGCUGAUAAGGUGCUGUCUGAGCUUAAUUGUCCAGUUGUUGGUGGGACAAUGCUGACGGUUAAUGAUCUUUAUCAAGAACUGCGUUGCAAUAUCAACAUAAAGCACAGAGAGGAAUUCGACGAGGAGAAGGAACCUGAUGGAAUAGUUCUUUCUGGAUGGACUCAAGCACCUUCUUCAGUGGAGAACAAUGGUACCAAGUCUGUUGACAAUGCUGGAAGCACAUCAGAAGGAUCAACAAUGGAGGCUGAAAAGAACGAUGAGAUAGAAAUUGUUCCAGGAAAGAAGAGAAAACUUUCCGAGGUUUCCGAGGAUGUCAUUCCAAGCAAUGCAGAAGAAACAAAGGGCAAAGAGAAACUCGAAGUUCUUAAUGGUGACGACGACGACGAUCUUGUCAUGCUUGACGACGGGGAUUCAGGUGCCGACAAGAAGAUACGCUAUCAAUAGUUUGAGCUUCGUUCCUAAUUUUGUACAAUUAGGGAGGAACACUGAUUCUUUUGGUGCUCAUAAUUGUUCUCAAUAGGCCUUGUUUUGUAGUUUUUGCUCGAGUUAGGGGAGAAGAAAAAAAAAGGAACAAUUAAUUGGCGUCUCCAUUUCCGUUUUGUUGUCGUCAGUGUAACAAAAAUGUGCAUCCUUCCUAGCUCAAUUAACAUAGAGGGGGCAGUAGCAUAACUGUAGAAAUACCAGAACUUUUGGAAAUGGACUUGAAAUCAGAUCUGUGUUGGAAUGACCACAUAAACCUCUUUAUCUGUGCACUGGGAGGCAGCUUUUUACAUAUUGCAUGACUAUAGUCAUUUCUUUAA